CCACGAAUAGCCCAUUGCAUCUCCUGUACAAAGACUUUCUUUUGUACGUGUUGUCUCAGAGCCACAAACUUAGGUCAAUGGAUCAGAUAAAAGCAGGACUGCUGGAAUCGGUUGAGGUGAACUUCCGAUGACAUAAACUCCUACUUAACAACCGCUUUAAGAAAGUGCCGCCAUUCAUGUACACACCCCUGUGGAUGAAUGAGCGACCUAGCGAGGCCAGUAGCGCCACCUAGUGAGAUAUAAUGGAAGAAGACCAACCGAGAGUUGAAUCUUGACAUACUCCGGUGCCAUCUGCAGAACCUUGGUUAGCAAUGGCACAGUGAUUUAUGAGAGUUUAUGUGAGUCGGAUUUUACGCCGCCUUAGCAACAUUACAGCAAUAUCACGGCGGGGGAUUCCCACAUUGUGCCUAUGAUAUGCAGAGAAUCGAACCUGGACUUUCGGCACGAGGAGCGAACGCUUUUACCACUAGGCAACGCCAGCGGCCUUGAUGAUAUGAUCAUAUCAUCACCAUCAAUCACCACCACCAUCAGCAUCAGCAUCGCCACCGGUAUCGUUAUCACAGGUAUAUAUGUGAAAGUUGACAGCCAUGGACGUUCAGAAGUUGUGCCUCCUCGUAUGCCUAGUCUGCAUGCCAAGUGCUGCCAGUUCUUUUUAUUUCUACCCGUCGCCAUGUGAAGUACAUCUCUUCUCCUGCCAUGAAACCAAUGCAUGUCCAUUUGGAACUCAGCAAAGAUCGGACCUCCUCUGCUACAAUGGCAAAAGGUGUUGCGCUGGAAUUCCGGCUUGCGUCCCCGGCAGCUGUGUGCACGGAUCAUGCAUCAUUGACAGCAACGGACGUGAACAGUGCACGUGUGCACCUGGCUACUCGGGGACAAGGUGCGACGUAGACGCUUGCGGUGCAGGGAACCCUUGUGUUGCUGGGCAAGGCUCUUGUGUUCGGGACACCAGUCCUGCUGGUUUUAGAUGCCAGUGUAAUGAAGGGUUCGUCGGGACAUACUGUGAGGUGGAUGCCUUGUGUGGGAGACAGACCACAAGCCGCCUUCUCAAUGGGGUCGCAGAAGCUGGGAAUGCUAACCCAUGGCUCGUCACUGUCCGCUCCGCACAGGGUGAUGUGGUGCUCUGUAGCGGUGUACUGAUCGAUGACAACUGGAUUGCCACUGAUGCCUACUGCAUGACGCUGUGUACCGGAACCAAAGGGGGUUGCAGAGUAGAAGUUGGAAGUUUCAAUCGUCUCCAAAACGAAUGGCAAGAAAGAACAAGGACAAUCGAAGAAAUUCGUUUUCAUCCUGGCGUCCCCUUCAAAACAGGAGAUGAGUUACAGCAAGUGUUGAAAAAUGAUCCUGAUCGGACUCUGGAUUACAACAUUGCCCUGGCCAGACUAAGUUGGUCUGUUCCUACUACAUUCGCCAUCAAGCGAGCCUGCCAGCCCACCAGCAUAUACGGGACAUGCUUUGAAGAACAAAACUGCAUUGUGGCAGGGUUUUCGACGAUAUCUCCUGUUGUCCAAAGUGGAACGCGUGCACAUCUCACUGUUAAAGUACUUCCGGAUCCUGUCUGCGAGUACAUGCGGAACAGAACCCAGCCAACAUCAACUCACUGUGGCCUGUCCCUGCAGGCGGACUCCGGAAUAUGUUUUGGUGACAAUGGCGGCGCCCUUCUGUGUCAGCACCCGGAAACAGGGGCGUGGUCAGCGGAGGGCAUCGUGGCACACUUUCCCGAUGCCUCAAGUCCGUUUCGCUGUUCGCUGAGGCAUUUCGUCUUCACCGACAUGAGUUUUGUCUGGGGUUGGGUGAAAUCGGUGAUCGACCCACCUGACGGCAAAUAGAUCAUUCAGACUAGGAUCUGCACAUACAUGUGGUUAACGGAAUGUAAACACUCCUUCAUGGAGAAUAAACUUUGUAUGAUUCAAA